GGAGACGGCGGUAAGUGCCGAGCGAAAGUCCCUUUUCCAACAUGGUGGCCGUGUCUACCCUCCACUAAACGCUCAGAUUGGAGACAACAAACUCGACUCUAUCUUCCAGUGUCGCUCAAAUUUGGGAUGUAAAUCAAUCCCGGUUUUUAACGUAACUCAUACCCUUUGCCGACUGUUCUCCCUGGGUUUUUGGUUCAUGCAACAGAGUUAAUCUUAAAUAAUAAUUAUUUCCACUGGGCCCCAAAACAACCAGCUGCCAACCAAUUGUGACAGUCAACAAUUUCCAGAGCCAUGGUGUGACCAGGUGAUCUGCCCUUCUUCAUGAACAAUGUGUGAAAACUGCGCCGAGUUGGUGGAGGUGUUAAAUGAAAUAUCGGAUGCAGACGGCAGCGAGGGAGGCUUUCAGCUGAAGAAGGAACAUGCCUUAAGAGUCCUGGGAUACAUCAGCUCCUGGACCCAGAGGCAAUGUCUGUGCUGCUUCAAGGAGUACAAGCACCUGGAGGUGUUCAACCAGCUGGUGUACGCCCUCAUCAACCUGGUGGUCUCCCAGAUCAGCGGCCUGAGGGAGCUGCUCUGCUCCCUACACGGACGCACGCACACCGGCGUGGGGGCGGGGUCUCCCGGCUGGGGAGGCGGAGCCUCGGCCGGUGGUGCGGGGGGAGGCGGCACGGCCCUGCUCCCACGGCCUUCCUCGCCGGGGGAGGAUGAGCCCGUCAACGUGGAGCGGGACUCUGCCGAGGAGGACGCCGCCGACGCCCCCGACCUGAACCAGAACCAGAACCAGGGGGCGGGGGCGGGCCAGCAGGCGGGCCAGGCUCCAGCUGUAGCGUCGGACCUGGGGGGCCUCGAAGGUGGUGGUGGUGGUCAUGGGUCGGGAGCUGGUGGGGAGUCUGGGUCAGUGGCGGGGGAAAGCGCCAGCGGGGCCACAGACGACAAUGAACCCCUAACCUCGUGGAGCACCGAGGAGAAGGAGAAGCUUCUGAUGUGCACGGCCAAGAUCUUCCAGAUCCAGUUCCCCCUGUACACGGCCUACAAGCACAACACGCACCCUACUAUAGAGGACAUAUCUGCACACGAAAGUAACAUCCUGGGCUCCUUCUGCGACAUGAACGACGUGGAGGUACCGCUCCACCUGCUGCGCUACGUGUGUCUGUUCUGCGGGAAGCACGGGCUGUCCCUGAUGAAGGAGUGCUUUGAGCUGGGCGCCCCCGACAGCCUCCCCUUCCCCAUUGCCCACGCCUUCAUCACCAUCGUGUCCAACAUCCGAAUAUGGCUGCACAUCCCUGCAGUCAUGCAGCACAUCAUGCCCUUCCGCGCAUACGUCAUACGCUACCUGUGCAAGCUGUCGGACCAGGAGCUGCGCCAGAGCGCGGCCAGAAACAUGGCGGACCUGAUGUGGAGCACGGUGAAGGAGCCCCUGGACAGCGCCCUGUGCUUCGACAAGGAGAGCCUGGACCUGGCCUUCAAGUACUUCAUGUCCCCCACCCUCACCAUGCGGCUGGCCGGCCUCAGCCAGGUCACGAACCAGCUCCACACCUUCAACGACGUCUGCAACAACGAGUCGUUGGUUUCCGACACGGAAACGUCCAUAGCGAAGGAGUUGGCUGACUGGCUCAUCAACAACAACGUGGUGGAGCACAUAUUCGGACCCAACCUGCACAUAGAGAUUAUCAAGCAGUGCCAGGUCAUCCUGAACUUCCUGGCUGCAGAGGGCAGGCUCAGUACGCAGCAUGUCGACUGCAUCUGGGCCGCAGCGCAGUUAAAGCACUGCAGCCGCUACAUCCACGACCUGUUCCCCUCGCUCAUCAAGAACCUGGACCCCGUCCCCCUCAGACACGUCCUCAAUCUGGUGUCUGGACUGCACCCCAGCACCCACACCGAGCAGACCUUGUACCUAGCCUCCAUGCUAAUCAAGGCCCUGUGGAACAACGCCCUAGCAGCUAAGGCCCAGCUCUCCAAGCAGAGCUCCUUUGCCUCCCUCCUCAACACCAACCUACCCAUGGGCAACAAGAAAGGGUCCCCGGCAGCCAGUCCUGACAGCAGUGACACACAGCAGAGUGGAGGUAGCGACAUGGAAAUGGACGACCAGAUGAUGAGCGGCAGCAAGAGAGGCCAGCAGAGACUCUCCGAUACAGAGGAGUCUAUGCAAGGCAGCUCGGACGAGACGGCCAACAGUGUGGAGGAGGGCAGCAGCAGUGGCCGCAGCGAGGCAUCCACCAAUCAGGGCGGAGCAUCCAGCAACGCCAGCCAAUCGGCAGGCAGCCCCGGCAGCGAGAUGCACUCUGAGGACAUGGCCGACAGCGAGGCCCUCAAGGAGGAGGAGGAGGAGGAAGAGGACGACGAGGAUGAUGAAGAUGACGAAGACGACGAGGACGAAGAGGAGGGUGGGGGGGAGGGGCGGAGUCGUGCAGGGGCGGGGCCGGUGGCGGGGGAGGGUCCCCGGCCGUCUCGGGAAGCACCGGAGGCGAGGAAGAGGAAGGCCGGUGAGGCGUUGGGGGAAGGGCCGGGCCAGGGGGCAGGCACCAGCGGGGUGGCAGGGGGCGGGCCCAAACCCAAGGUGCUGCCGUUCAGCCCAGAGACGGCGGCGGCCAUGGCGGCAGUGGCCUCGACGUCGUUGGAGAGCCGCAUGAGGAUGCUGGAGGCUUGCUCGGCCUCGUCGUCGGGGCGGCUGGAGGGGCCCGAGAGGGAAGCACUCCCCCACCAGCAGCCCCAGCAGCAGCCGGACCUGGGGCCCUCGCAGGGGGUCCAGGGGCCUCCCGAGGGCCCAUGCCUGCCGCGACCCGGGGACUUCCUGGGGGACGCCAUGGGAAGCGAUCUCUUCAACUGCCGACGCUUCAUGGGCCCUCCGCACCAUCACCACCACCACCACCACCACCCCGAUGAAGGUCACCUGGUGGAGGACAUGCUGAGUGCAGACGACGUGAGCUGCAGCAGCUCCCAGAUCAGCGCAAAGUCUGAGAAGAAUAUGGCCGACUUUGACGGCGAGGAGUCGGGCUGUGAAGAGGAGCUGGUCCAGAUCAACUCUCACGCCGAGCUCAGCUCCCACCUGCAGCAGCACCUCCCAAACCUGGCCUCCAUCUACCACGAGCACCUUGUGCAAGGCCCGGCCGUACACAAGCACCAGUACUCCUCUGGCCACGCGGUCACAGACAUCAACCUGGACAACGUGUGUAAGAAGGGGAACACCUUGCUGUGGGACCUCGUUCAGGAUGAGGACGCGAUCCACCUGUCUGAGGGCCUGAUCAGUGAGGCAGAGAAGCUGCUCUGCUCCCUGGUCUGCUGGUUUACCGACCGGCAGAUCCGCAUGCGCUUCAUCGAGGGUUGCCUUGACAACCUGGCACACCACAGGUCUGUGGUUGUCUCUUUACGACUGCUACCAAAACUUUUCGGCACUUUUCAACAGUUUGGCUCCAGCUAUGACACCCACUGGAUCACUAUGUGGGCGGAGAAGGAAUUGCACAUGAUGAAGUUGUUCUUCGACAACCUGCUGCACUACAUCCAGGAGAUCCGCGAGCACAGACACAAGUUUGCACUAUACAGUCACAGUGCGGAGGUGCAGGUCCGUUUGCAGUUCCUCACCUGUGUCUUUUCCACCCUGGGAUCUCCAGAUCACUUCAGGCUGAGCCUGGAGCAGGUGGACAUCCUGUGGCACUGUCUGGUGGAGGACGCCGAGUGCUACGACGACGCGCUGCACUGGUUCCUCAAUCAGGUCCGCAGCAAGGACCAGCACGCCAUGGGCAUGGAGACCUACAAGCACCUCUUCCUGGAGAAGAUGCCCCAGCUGAAGCCAGAAACCAUCAGCAUGACAGGACUCAACCUGUUCCAGCACCUUUGCAACCUGGCCCGCCUGGCCACCAGCGCGCUGGACACCAGCGCCAGCUGUGAGCUGUGUGGGAUGGACCAGCUGUGGGGCAUCGCUCUCAGGGCCCAGUCGGCUGACAUCAGCCGAGCCGCCAUCCAGUAUAUCAACUCCUACUACAUCAACGCUGGUAAGACAGGUCUGGAGAAGGAACAGGAGUUCAUUAGGAAGUGCAUGGAGAGUCUGCUGAAGGCGUCAGCUAACCUGGAGCACCACGCCCACCCCAGCCUAACCAGCAUCGAGAGGGGGCUGCUCAUGCUCAAAACACACCUGGAGGCCUUCCGACGCAGGUUCGCAUACCAUCUGCGCCAGUGGCAGAUCGAGGGGACGGGGAUCACCAGCCACCUCAAGGCCCUCAGCGACAAACAGUCUCUGCCUCUCAGGAUCGUCUGCCAGCCAGCAGGUCUGCCCGACAAGAUGACCAUCGAGAUGUACCCCAGUGACCAGGUGGCCGACCUGCGGGCCGAGGUGACCCACUGGUACGAGAACCUGCAGAAGGAGCAGCUGAGCCAGCAGGCCCAGCUGCAGGAGUUUGGCCAGAGCAGCCGCCAGUCUGCAGACUUCCCAGGUGGCCUGAUGGGUCCCGUCCGAAUGAUCUCCUCUGGACACGAGCUGACCACUGACUAUGACGAGAAGACGCUCCACGAGCUGGGCUUCAAAGACAUGCAGAUGGUGUUUGUGUCCCUGGGGGCCCCGCGGAGGGAGAGGAAAGGCGAGGGGGUGCAGCUGCCUGCCUCCUGCCUGCCCCCUCCCCAGAAGGAGCACAUACCCAUGCUGCUGCUCCUGCAGGAGCCCCACCUCACCACCCUGUUCGACCUGCUGGAGAUGCUGGCCUGCUUCAAGCCCCCCAGCCCCAAUGCAGACGGGGGGCCUGACAGCGCCGACAGCCUGCUGUGUGAAGAGCUCCACCUCCACGCGGAGAACCUGUCCCGCCGGGUGUGGGAGCUGCUGAUGCUGCUGCCCACCUGCCCCAACAUGCUGCUGGCCUUCCAGAACAUCUCAGACGACACGAGUGGGGAGGCUCUGUCCUGGAAGGACCUGCUGAGGAUUAGGAGUCCCCACAAGCUGCUGUACGCCUUGGAGAUCAUCGAGGCGCUGGGCAAGCCCAACCGACGCAUCCACCGGGAGUCCACGGGCAGCUACAGCGACCUGUACCCAGACUCCGACGACUCUAGUGAGGACCUGAUAGAGAACAGCAAAAACUCAUGGAGCUGCAAGUUCGUGUCGUCCGGAGGUCUUCAGCUGCUCCUGGAGAUCUUCAACUCGGCCAUCCUGGAGCCACGGGACAACGAAUCCUGGACCGUGUGGCUGCUGGACUGCCUAGCCUGUCUGCUGAAGCUGAUCUGCCAGUUUGCGGUGGAGCCGUCAGACCUGGACCUGGCCUACCACGACGUUUUCUCCUGGUCCGGGCUGACCGACAGCCAGCGCAAGCGGCCCUGGCCCGGCAAGUCCCGCAAAGCCACCGGGGAGCACGGCAAGGGCCUCCACAUCCCCCGCCUCACCGAGGUGUUCUUGAGCCUGGUCCAAGGCACCAACCUCAUCCAGAGACUCAUCAAUGUGGCCUACACCUACGACAACCUGGCGCACAGGGUCCUAAAGGCUCAGUCUGACCAUCGUUCCCGUCAUGAAGUGACCCACUACUCCAUGUGGCUGAUGGUGAGCUGGGCCCACUGCUGCUCCCUGGUCAAGUCCAGCCUGGCGGACAGCGAGCACCUCCACGACUGGCUGCGCAAACUCACCCUGCUGGUCCCUGAGCCGGCGGUGAGACAUGAGGCAUGUAACGGGCUGUACAAGCUGUCUCUAUCGGGCCUGGAGGGAGGAGAGUCCAUCAACAGGUCCUUCCUGCUGCUGGCCGCCUCCACCCUGCUCAAGUUCCUCCCCGACGCCCAGGCCCUCAAACCACUCAGGAUGGAGGACUUUGAGGAGGAGCCCAUUCUGAGGACGGGCUGUAAGGAGUACUUCUGGCUCCUCUGUAAACUCAUCGAUAACAUCCACGUGAAGGACGCCAGCCAGACCACUCUGCUGGACCUGGAUGCGUUGGCCCGGCACCUGGCCGACUGCAUCAGGACGCGGGAGAUCCUGGACCAGCAGGACGGCGCCAUCGAGGACGACGGGCUCACGGGCCUCCUGCGCCUCGCCACCAGCGUGCUGAAGCACAAGCCCCCCUUCAAGUUCUCGCGGGAGGGCCAGGAGUUCCUGCGGGACGUACACAACCUGCUGUUCCUGCUGCCCAGCCUGGCCGACCGCGCCCAGCCCAAGUGCAAGUCCCACUCCGCGCGCGCCGCCGCCUACGACCUGCUGGUGGAGACGGUGAAGGGCUCCGUGGAGAACUACCGGCUGCUCCACAACUGGGUCAUGUCCCAGCACAUGCAAGCCUCCCACGCGCCCUACAAGUGGGACUACUGGCCCCACGAGGACGUGCGCGCCGAGUGCCGCUUCGUGGGCCUCACCAACCUGGGAGCCACCUGCUACCUGGCCUCUACCAUCCAGCAGCUCUACAUGAUCCCAGAGGCCCGCCAGGCCAUCUUCACCGCCAAGUACGCCGAGGACAUCAAACACAAGACCACCCUGCUGGAGCUACAGAAGAUGUUCACCUAUCUCAUGGAGAGCGAGAGGAAGGCCUACAACCCACGCCCGUUCUGUAAGACCUACACCAUGGACAAGCAGCCUCUGAACACCGGGGAGCAGAAGGACAUGACGGAGUUCUUCACCGACCUCAUCACCAAGAUAGAGGAGAUGUCCCACGACCUGAAAAACACGGUGAAGACUCUGUUUGGAGGCGUCAUCACCAACAACGUGGUCUCCCUGGACUGCGACCACGUCAGCCAAACGGCGGAGGAGUUUUACACGGUGCGGUGCCAGGUGGCGGACAUGAAGAACAUCUACGAGUCUCUGGACGAGGUGACCAUCAAAGACACCCUGGAAGGAGACAACAUGUACACCUGCUCCCAGUGUGGCAAGAAGGUCCGCGCAGAGAAGAGGGCGUGUUUCAAGAAGCUCCCUCGCAUCCUGAGCUUCAACACGAUGCGCUACACCUUCAACAUGGUGACCAUGAUGAAGGAGAAGGUCAACACCCACUUCUCCUUCCCGCUGCGCCUCAACAUGACCACCUAUACCGAGGACUUCCUCAUGGGCAAGGGGGACCGCAAGGAGGGCUCCCGGGAGGAGGGCGAGGCCAAGGGGGCGGAGAGCUACGAGUACGACCUGAUCGGCGUCACAGUGCACACGGGCACGGCAGACGGUGGCCAUUACUACAGCUUCAUCAGGGACAUUGUGAACCCCCACGCCUACAAAAACAACAAGUGGUACUUGUUCAACGACGCAGAGGUGAAGCCCUUCGACUCUGCCCAGCUGGCGUCUGAAUGUUUUGGUGGAGAGAUGACUACAAAAACGUACGACUCUGUCACCGACAAAUUCAUGGACUUCUCCUUCGAGAAGACCCACAGUGCCUACAUGCUCUUCUACAAGAGAGUGGAGUUAGAGGAGGAGAAUGGAAAAGACUUCAGCUUCGACGUCUCUCCAGAUCUCCUGGAGUGGAUUUGGCAAGACAACAUGCAGUUUCUCCAGGAUAAGAACAUAUUUGAGCACACAUAUUUUGGCUUUAUGUGGCAGCUCUGCAGUAGCAUUCCCAGCACUUUACCAGACCCUAAAGCCAUCUCCCUGAUGACCUCCAAGCUCAGCACGUCGUUUGUACUGGAGACGUUUAUCCACUCCAAAGAGAAGCCCACUAUGCUGCAAUGGAUCGAACUCCUCACCAAACAGUUCAACAACAGCCAGGCUGCCUGCGAGUGGUUUUUGGACCGCAUGGCUGAUGACAACUGGUGGCCCAUGCAGAUCCUCAUCAAGUGUCCCAACCAGAUCGUCAGACAGAUGUUCCAGAGGCUGUGUAUCCAUGUGAUCCAGCGGUUGCGGCCGGUCCACGCCCACCUGUACCUGCAGCCUGGCAUGGAGGACGGGUCUGAUGACAUGGACGGGCCUGUGGAGGACAUGGGCAGCCGCUCGUGUGUGACGCGCUUCGUGAAGACGCUGCUGUCCAUCAUGGAGCACGGCGUGAAGCCGCACAGCAAGCACCUCACCGAGUACUUUGCUUUCCUGUACGAGUUCGCCAAGAUGGGGGAGGAGGAGAGCCAGUUUCUGCUGUCUCUCCAAGCCAUCUCCAUCAUGGUCCACUUCUACAUGGGCACCAAGGGACCAGAGAAUCCGCAGGUGGAGGUGCUGUCCGAGGAGGAGGGGGACGACGAGGACGAGGAGGAGGACAUCUUGUCUCUGGCUGAGGAGAAGUAUCGCCCUGCUGCACUGGAGAAGAUGAUCGCCCUCAUCGCCCUGCUGGUGGAGCAGUCCCGCUCUGAGAGACACCUGACCCUGUCCCAGAGCGACAUGGCGGCGCUGACCGGUGGGAAGGGCUUCCCCUUCCUCUUCCAGCACAUCCGGGACGGCAUCAACAUCCGGCAGACCUGCAACCUCAUCUUCAGCCUCUGCCGCUUCAAUAACCGCCUGGCCGAGCACAUCGUGUCCAUGCUGUUCACGUCCAUCGCCAAGCUCACUCCAGAGGCGGCUAACCCCUUCUUCAAGCUGCUCACCAUGCUGAUGGAGUUUGCUGGAGGUCCUCCAGGGAUGCCCUCCUUCGCCUCUUUCAUCCUGCAGAGGAUCUGGGAGGUGGUGGAGUACAACCCCUCCCAGUGUCUGGACUGGCUUGCGGUGCAGACUCCCAGGAACAAGCUGGCUCACAGCUGGGUGCUUCAGAACAUGGAGAACUGGGUCGAGCGCUUCCUGCUGGCACACAACUACCCCCGCGUGCGCACAUCGGCUGCCUACCUCCUGGUGUCUCUCAUUCCCAGCAACUCGUUCCGCCAGAUGUUCCGCUCCACGCGCUCGCUGCACAUCCCCACCCGGGAGCUGCCCCUGUCCCCGGACACCACGGCGGUACUGCACCAGGUGUACAACCUGCUGCUGGGCCUGCUGGCCCGGGCCAAGCUGUACGUGGACGCGGGCGUGCACGGCACCACCAAGCUGGUCCAGUACUUCAGCUUCAUGACCUACUGCCUCAUUUCCAAGACGGAGAAGCUCAUGUUCUCCGGCUACUUCAUGGACCUGUGGAACCUCUUCCAGCCCAAGCUGUCGGAGCCGGCCAUCGCCACCAACCACAACAAGCAGGCGCUGCUGUCCUUCUGGUACAACGUGUGCGUGGAGUGUCCGGAGAACGUGCGGCUGGUGGCCCAGAACGCCGUGGUCACCAAGAACAUCGCCUUCAACUACAUCCUGGCCGACCACGACGACCAGGAGGUGGUGCUGUUCAACCGCGGCAUGCUGCCCGCCUACUACGGCAUCCUGCGCAUGUGCUGCGAGCAGUCGCCCUGCUUCACGCGCCAGCUGGCCUCGCACCAGAACAUCCAGUGGGCCUUCAAGAACCUGACGCCCCACGCCAGCCAGUACCCCGGGGCGGUGGAGGAGCUGUUCAACCUGAUGCAGCUGUUUGUGGGCCAGCGGGCCGACAUGAGGGAGGAGGAGCUGGAGGACGUGAAGCAGUUCAAGAAGACGACCAUCAGCUGCUACCUGCGCUGCCUGGACGGACGCUCCUGCUGGACAACCCUCAUCAGCGCGUUCCGUGUUUUGUUGGAGAACGAUGAGGACAGACUGCUGGUGGUCUUCAACAGAGGACUCAUCCUCAUGACAGAGUCGUUCAACACGCUGCACAUGAUGUACCACGAGGCCACGGCCUGCCACGUGACCGGGGACCUGGUGGAGCUGCUGUCCAUCUUCCUGUCCGUCCUCAAGGCCACGCGGCCCUACCUGCAGCGCAAAGAUGUGAAGCAGGCUCUGAUCCAGUGGCAGGAGAGAAUCGACUUCGCCCACAAGCUGCUCACCCUGCUCAACUCCUACAGCCCCCCCGAGCUACGCAACGCCUGCCUGGAUGUGCUGAAGGAGCUGGUCCUCCUCAGCCCUCAUGACUUCCUCCACACUCUGGUCCCCUUCCUGCAGCAUAACCACUGUACCUACCACCACAGCAGCAUCCCUAUGUCCUUCGGGCCCUACCUGCCGUGCAGGGAGAACAUUAAGCUGAUGGGUGGGAAGAACAACAUCCGGCCCCCGAGGCCGGAGCUCAACAUGUGUCUUCUGCCCUCCAUGGUGGAGACCAGCAAGGGGAAGGAUGAGGUGUACGACCGCAUGCUGCUGGAGUACUUCCUGUCCUACCACCAGUUCAUCCACCUGCUGUGCCGCGUGGCGGUCACCUGUGAGAAGUUCACCGACACGCUGGUCAAACUCAGUGUGCUGAUUGCGUAUGAGGGUCUUCCUCUUCACCUUGGCCUUCUGCCCAAACUGUGGACCGAGCUGUAUCAGUCACAGUCUGCCUUGGCCAAGACCUGUGUGAAGCAGCUGUGUGAGGACCCAGCCUUCGGGGAAUACAUCAAGUGCAUACUCAUGGACGAGAGGACCUUCCUCAACAACCCUGCUGCCUACUCCUUCCUCUCCUGCUUCCUCCACAAGGUGCAGGGCCAGGUGCUGUCGGGCCCCAGCUGCAGCAGCCUGGUGGGCAUCCUGGUCACCAACCUGCUGAGUGAGCAGGACCGCAUGCAGCCCGAGCUGGCGGCCCACCGCAGCGAGCUGGACAAGACCAGCAGCCUGCUGAACGCUGACCUGCGGGCGCUGCUGCUCCUCCUCCCCCUGCAGGCUCCGCCCUCGCUGGAUGCAUCGCUAGGCUCCGCCCUCCAGGAGCUGCUGGCGCGCUGCCAGGCCUGCCUGCAGCGACGCAGCGCCUUGGAGCAGGAGGAGCUAGACCGCAAGGCUCGAGCUGAAGAGGAGGGUGCCACUCCAGUGAAGCGUCGCCGUGUGAGCGGCGGGGACGACGACCACCGGUCACCGGAGGGCGUCGCCACCGAAUCAACCCCAGGGACGCAGUUCGUACCCUCGUCUUCCUCCUCUACCGUCACCACCACCACCACCUCCUCUUCCUCCUACACCUCCUCUUCGUCAUCCUCCUCCUCUUCCUCUGCCAUGCCGUCCACCACCACCACCACCACCACCACCAACACCACCACGACGGCGGCGCCGGCGGCGACUACCCAGGGGGACACCGACACUAACGACGACACUAACGCUAACAACGCUAGCACGGCUGCACCGGCCGCUAAGGCCGACCAGCAGGAGGCGCUCACCCCCACAAGCGCCUCCGACACGGAGACGCGGGACUCCUCGUCCCUCAUCGACCCUGGGACGGAGCAGGACCCCCCCUCUCCCCCGCCCCCCACCGCCGCCCACCCCCCCUCCCCCUUGAAGGAGGAGGAGGAGGAGAAGAUGAUGGACGCCUCCUCCGCCUCCUCUUCGUCCUCCUCCUCGUCCUCCUCCUCGUCCUCGUCUUCCUCAAUACUGCAGGACGGGGGGGGGGAGCUGUAUGUGCGGGGGGAGGACCCCGGCCCCUCCCACCGCCGGAUGACCUCCGCUGAGCAGCAGGAGGAGGAGCACAGAGGAAGGAGGGGGGCCGUGGGCAAGGCCACGCCAGACCAGACCAGGGAGGCGUGUCCCAGCGCAGCUCCUGUCACGCCUUCCUCCUCCGAGGGGGCGGGGCCAGAGGGCAGUAGGCACAGCCCCUCCCAGGUACAGUCUAAUGGGGGCCCGCCACAGGACAUGCUGGACACCCUGUACAGGACUGUGGAGGCCACCAUCGCCGUGGUUACCAAACUGUCCGGAACAAUGACGCCACCCUCGUCCUCAUGACAUCACUCGCUCGCCGCCACCAAGAGAUAAUAACCCUUUGAUGUUUUAUUUGUAGUUGUAUUUUUAUGGGCGGAGCUUAGCUUUGUUUUGUUUUAAUUGGAGCUGGAUAUACCAGCCCGGACGUUCCCCUCCCUGGCCAAUCUGGGCCUUGCAGACACGUCAGCUGACCAGGAGGAGAUGUUGGCUGGAGCAUGUGGCCUCUGAUUGGCCGCUGUUUGUAGUAGGGGGCGAGGCUGGCUGUUUGGCUUUCCGCUUUGGUUGGUUUGUUAUUUUGUGUUUUUUACCUUUUUCACAUUUCGCUUCGGAAGGACAUUUUUAUUUUUUUGUUUUGGUUUUGCUGUAAGAAGGGGAGAUCCCGUAGUGUGUACAUUUAAUUUUAUUGCAUUUUUACGUGUAUAAAAAUGGCUUCCUCUAUGCCAGUUUUAUACUUUAAAAAGAAGGCAAAAGAAAGUUGCCUUUGUUUAAUUUUUUUUCUCCUGUGGUUUAAUUAUCCAAAAAGCUAAGUUUACUUGUACAUUAAAAAAAACAGAACUACAAGUAACUUGAUUCUGUUAAGAAUCCAAUCUAGUCAUUUCCUGAAGGUGUAUAUGAAAAUGAUAUAUAUAAAGAACUUUAUAUAUACAUAUAUAUAUAAACACACAUAUAUAUGAAUAAAUAUAAAAAGCGGUGCUUCUAGGAUUGUGUGUAGAAUAAAGCCCACCCCACCCCCACCUGAAUGGAGCUGCCUGGGAUAUUGUUCUUCACUGAGAAACAUUCCACCAUCUACUGUCAUUUCCCCUCCUAUUGUUUUCUUCUGACUAUUUUAAUAGAGGAUAAAUUAAUAAAAAGCAUUUUUUGAUAAGAA